GCGGCGGAACGUUUAUUCUGUGGCACAGAAAAACAACAACAUUUUAGCGUGACGGCCCAACAUGGCCGCGCUCUGGAGGAGAUCGCAAAUUAUCAGGUUGAUCAGGAGUUCUGUUGAGCUCCUGUCCAGGAUAAACCCAGCUCUUCGGAAAACCCACAGAUGGACACGCGUCGUGUACCCUGGCGUGGCGGCUGUAGCUGUCGGCGGUGGUCUGUGUGCUGUACCUUUUAAGCAGGUUGAAAACCUCUCUCAUGACUCCCUGGUCAGACGAGCAGCCUCUCUGGUGACAGACAGCUCAAGCACUUUUCUCUCUCAGGUCACUUUGGCUCUGAUUGAUUCCCUCACUGAGUAUUCAAAGGCUGUCCACACACUCAUUGCCCUACAAAGGCAGUAUUUAGCCUCUUUGGGAAAACUGAGUCCAGCAGAGGAAGAUGCAAUCUGGCAGGUGAUCAUUAGGCAACGUGCAGAGGUUGCCUACAGACAAGAGGAAAUGAAGCGCUUUGAGUUGACCUGGGUCAGCUCAGUAAGGCUGUGUGAGACGGCGGCCGAGGCAGCGUACAUAUCAGGAGCUGAGAAUCCGUGCGUCACGAUCAGGACAAAUAUUCAGUUGUCCCAGUCGCAGGUUGAGGAGGCCCAGAAACUCUCACUGGAUGCAGAAAAGAAGCUGGCAGAGACUAAAGUCAUGGAGGUCGAAAGGAUGACGCAAUACGCUACCACCCUGGAGAGUAGCAAUGAUGAAGAGGAGAUGCCUGAGGCCUAUCUAAGAGAAGACUAAAACACACAAUUAUAAGCUAAUUAAGUUUGGUAGCUCUGUACUGCUUUCUGGCUUAUUUUUAGUGUCAGGUGGUGAAAGUUAAUUGUUUGUCCCAAAAUAAAUGAAGGGCAGUAAAAUCUUUAUUUUUAUUUUUUUUUAAGUAUUGAAACUAAAUAAAAUCAUCCUCAUAAUCCAUAAUUUAACAUUAAAUGUAUAUAGCCACAUUAUAUGCUUAUAAAAAAAGAACAAAAACAGUUUGAUCGUGAUAAAAUAAAGCUCUAUACACCAAUCCUC